UGAUGUGUAGGACUCCAGGUAAUCCUGCUCAUGGUUUUGUGGAAGGAGAUGACUUUAAAUACGGGUCCCAGGUUUCCUUCAAAUGCAACGCAGGUUAUACCUUAAAAGGCAUCCAGGUUGCUUACUGUCAACUAAAUGGGAGCUGGUCUGCACACCAUCCUGGAUGUGUUAUGGAAGAGAGAAACUGCUCUGAUCCAGGUGGUCCACUCAAUGGGUACAGGAAACUGAUGGAUGAUACUGCUCUAAUUAAUGGUCAUUAUGCAAAAAUUGGAACCAUAAUUACAUUCUUUUGCAAUAACACCUACACUCUCAGCGGUAAUGAAAAGAGGACCUGCAAACCCGAUGGCGAAUGGUCAGGGAAACAACCAAUCUGUAUAAAAGCUUGCAGAGAACCAAAGAUUUCUGACCUAGUGAGAAAAAAAGUACUCCCUAUACAAGUACAGUCAAGGGAGACUCCCUUGCAUCAACUCUAUUCAUCUACAUUUAACAAACAGAAGUUGGAGGCUUAUCCAACCAAGAAACCUUCACUACCUUUUGGAGAAUUGCCUCCAGGCUUCCACCAUCUUCACACGCAGCUGCAGUAUGACUGUAUUUCUCCUUUUUAUCAUCGUUUGGGAAGCAGCCGAAGAACCUGUCUGAAAACAGGAAAAUGGAGUGGGAGGGCCCCGUCAUGCAUCCCAAUCUGCGGAAAGACAGAAAACACUAUACUUCGCAAAUCACCCACAACCAGAUGGCCAUGGCAAGCAGCCAUCUAUCGGAGACCUAAUGGGGUGAAGUUUCCCAAUCACAGAAAAGGGACUUGGAUACUGAUUUGCAGCGGAGCUUUGUUGAAUGAACGCACAGUUGUUGUGGCUGCACACUGUGUCACCAAUCUGGGGAAGGUCACUGUUCUCAAAACAGCAGACAUCAGAGUUGUUCUUGGCAAGUUCUACAGAGAUGAGGAUAGAGAUGAGAAGAUCAUACAGAAUCUACGGAUUUCAGCCAUCAUAGUUCACCCAAAUUACGACCCUAUAUUGCUUGAUUCUGACAUAGCUAUCGUUAAGCUCCUGGACAAAGCCAGAAUCAGCAGCCAUGUCCAACCCAUAUGCCUGGCUUCCACACGUGAUGUCGAUCCUCCUACAGAUGAUUUGCAAAUAGUCGUCACUGGUUGGAAGAUCCUGACUGGUGUUACAGACCCAAACUACAAGAAUGAUACAAUUCGUAGCGGGUCUGUUCAGAUAGUGGACUCCCUUCUGUGUGAGCAACAAUAUGAGGAACAUGGGAUCCAAAUCAGUGUCACUGACAGUAUGUUCUGUGCCAAGCAGCAUCCCACAGCAGCUUCUAACAUCUGCCCUUCUGAGACUGGAGGGAUUGCUGCAAUACCUUUGCCAGGAAAAUCUUCUUCUGAGUUAACUUGGCAUCUCAUGGGUUUAGUGAGCUGGGGCUAUGACAAGACAUGCAGCCUACAACUUUACAGUGGCUACAGCCGAGCAAUUCCUUUCAAAGACUGGAUUGAGAAGAACAUGAAAUGAAAUAUUUAGCUCAGAAAUGUUUUCUGAAAAGAUAGCUGUAUUGGUUCUUCUCUCUGAUACUUCAGGUUUUUCAUCCACUGAUGUUAGAGCAGGGCCCUCAAUAAUUUGCCAGAGUCUAGCUAUUCAGGGAGGCUAGAUGAUUUUACUAGAGGCUCCGAAUAUAUAAUUGGAUUAUCAUGUCUCAUAUUUCCCCUUCUGGUGAGAACAAAGUAUGAUGGGCCAAAGUAACUGUAUGCUAAAUGUUUUAACACUUACCUGAAUAAAAAGAUCCGAAGGUAUUUGCACAAGUCUGAGAAACAUGGCAAGAGAUUAUUCAAAACCUGGAUGAAUUUAUUAUGGGCUACGUUAGUUUGUUUUGGUAUAUUUUAUAUUAUAUUUUUCCCUCCUAAAAUACUGUACAUAUUCAAAUAAACAAAGGUUCUCUUAAACCUGCAACCAAAAUUUGAUCAUUGAUCCAUCUCAAUCUUUUCCUAUCCAUUGUGUUCAUUUUUUAAAAAAACUUGUUAGAACUAGAAAAUAUAGAAUAAUAAUACAUUUAUACAGUAAAUGAUAUAAUUCAGCACUUUUCAUAUCUCCUAUGUCUAGGGAUCUUUUUUUUCUCACUGAUUAACUGUCAAGACAUAUUUGUGUUUCCAUCAUAGAACGUCUGAAAAUGGAUAGAUUUUGUGUUUAGGAAAAGGCAUUCAAUAUACAUGUAGAAUACAAGCUAUGUCUUCUGAGUUUCUAUGUCUCUCAAGUUCUCCAGCAUUUACCCGAAGCACUUUGAAAACAGUUACUAUAAUCCAAAUAAU